AUUUACCAAACAGAACGUAUUAAUUUUUUCCAGCACAGCUGCUGUCGUGUUUUGCUUGAGAAAAGGAAGAAAAUUAUUGGCACAAGAGCCUCAAUUGUAGUAAAAUUUUACCAAAAAGAGAAAAAUGACUGUGUCCAGUGAAGUAGCCCUGUUCUCAAUCCUUGGAGUAAUUCUCAUUGAGAAUGCUUUUGAGAUUUAUCUCUGCCUGCGGCAGAUUCGCGUGUACAAGUCCUCAAAGAAGAUCCCACGGGAGCUGGAGGGUGUCUUGACGGAGGAAACAUUCCACAAAGCUCGUGUUUAUGGGCAGGACAAGGAGGAAUUCUCUGUUUUCCAAUCAAUCAUCAUGCAGCUGCUUGUUGUACCGCUGGAGCUCUAUUUGGGUUUCUUCGCGUACAUUUGGGCUGUUUCGGAGAGAUUCACGGAUGCCAUUGGGUUGGAUGGCAGGAGUGAGGUCUUUGUCAGCUGCAUGUUUGUCCUUGUGCUCAAUGUGAUUAACUUCUGCAAGGAUUUACCUUUUAAAAUCUACAAAACCUUCGUCCUGGAGGCACGACAUGGGUUCAAUAAGCAAACUCCCGGAUUCUUUGUGAAGGAUCAACUGAAGGGAUUGGCAGUGGCCAGUGCUUUGGCAGCUCCCAUUGUUGCAGCUGUUGUGGCUAUUGUCCAGAGUGGUGGGGAAUUCUUCUUUGUGUGGCUCUGGGUGUUCACGAGUGCCGUCACCCUGCUCCUCAUGACCAUCUACCCCAGUGUCAUUGCUCCCCUAUUUGACAAGUACAAACCCCUCGAUGAGGGCCCCCUGAGGAAGAGCAUUGAAGACCUCGCGGCAUCCCUGAAGUUCCCCCUGAAGCAACUCUACGUCGUGGAGGGAUCCAAACGUAGUGCCCACAGCAAUGCCUACUUCUACGGGCUCUGGGGCUCCAAGAGAAUCGUCCUCUUUGACACACUUCUCCUCAACAAGGGCGCCCCCACGGAUGAGGGUCUCAAGGAGGAAGAAAAGGGCAAAGGGUGCGAAGAUAGUGAAGUUCUGGCCGUUCUCGGGCACGAAUUGGGUCACUGGAAACUCGGACACAUCACGAAGAACCUCAUCAUCAUGCAAAUUCACCUCUUCCUCCUCUUUGCCGCCUUUGCCUUCCUCUUCCGCACACCUGUCCUGUAUCAAGCCCUCGGAUUCCCCGAAGGUGUCCAACCCAUACUCAUUGGCCUCCUUGUUGUCUUCACCUACGUCCUGGCACCCUACAAUGCCAUCAUCAGCUUCGCCAUGACCAUCCUAUCGCGUCGUUUUGAGUACCAAGCCGACGCCUUUGCCCAAAAACUCGGCUUUGCAAAGGAACUCGGUAAGGCCCUCGUGAAGCUGCACGUGGACAAUCUUGGCUUUCCCAUCUACGAUUGGCUCUACUCCGUGUGGAAUCACUCCCAUCCCACACUCCUUCAGCGACUGGAUCGUCUUGCCGGAGACAAGAAAACCAAGUGAUCUGUGUACUUCAGCAUUUAAUAAAUAAAUAAAAAAACUCUCCUAAAAAAUAAA